AAUGUAUAUGCGGCUCUAAGGUGGCCUAAUAAGAAACAACUUAUUGCGACCUUCAAUUUUCUGCAUACGGCAGAGGCGGCUUUGGCGAUGCCAUAACCUCGCGCCAACGUUCUAGACACAACACGUUACACAGCUCUUAGAACAGGUUGUAGAUAUGAGUGGCCAUGGGCGUGGCCGGAGUCGCGGUGGGAGAGGAGGGGGAGGCGGCUUCAGCGGCGGGCGGACCAGCAGCGGCGGGCGGGGCCCCCGCUUGCCUUUCGCGCUGAUGACGGAGUUGGGCGGAAGCGACAGCGGCAAUGGCGGCUUUGGACGGGGUACAUCACGUGGGCGUGGCAGCAGCCCGUGGCGGGGGCGUGGCGAGGGCCGGGAUGGCGGGCGUGGAGCUAGAGGCGGCCGCGUCACGAAGGAUGGCGGCAGAGGUGCUUUCGCAAGGCCCGAUGGCGCUGGUUUCAAGCGCCCGCGGCCCGAGGAAAAGACGACCGGGGACCAGGGCAGCCGGCCAGCAAAACGGCCAGUGCUGCAAAACCAUGACGCAGCCAACAGGAGCCACGGGCUCCCACGGCCAGGCGCCGCCGCGCCAGGCCUUACGCGCACCCUGGCCGCCCUCCAACAGAGGAGGGGCGACAGCGCUGGGCCUAGCGCUGCAGGCACCAGCACCGGCGCCAAGACGGGCAUGAGCAGCAAGACGCGCUUCCACGAGCUGCUGGUGGACGGCUGGGAGAGCCGCAACGGCAAGGAGGCGUUCAUGGAGGAGCUGAGGCUGCAGGCCCAGCUGGCGAAGCGGCUGGGGCGCAGCAAGAAGGACUCCCUGGACGGCAUGGACCGGCUGCUGGGGCUGCUGUCCGCCGGCUCCACCGCCCUGCUGCCCGGAUUCAUAGCCAAGGACCGCGCGGCGGCGGAGGAGGCGGAGCAGCUGCUGGCGCGGACCAAUCCCAAGGCGCACCCUGGCAAGAAGGGCAAGAAGGGCGCGGCGGCAGCGGAAGACCAGGAGGCGGCGGCAGGUGGGUUGCGCGUGGCGGUGCCGGCCAGUGCGGCCGCUGCAGCGCGCAAGGCGGCUGAGCUGCUGGAGGCCGAGAGCGAUGAGGAGCUGGAGUUCCUGGGCAUUGACCCGGGGCAGGGACGAGAUGACGGCGACAGCGAGGAUGAGGAGGCGGAGCGGCAGGACUUUGUGCGGCGGGCACGGGCGCUGGGCUCCGACUCAGAGUCAGAGUCGGAUGACAUGGAUGACGGCGGCGAUGACGACGACGAAGGGGAGGAAGACGUGUCUGACAUCUACAGCGACGCCGACGGCGAGGGCGAGGGCGAGGGCGAGGAGGAGGGCACGUCGGAUGUGGAGGAGUCUGAUGAGGGGGAAGAGGAGGGGGACGGGCUUUAUGGCCUGUUGGGCGGCGACUCGGAUGAUGAUGUCAUGAUGGAGGGCAGCGACGAGGACGACGAGGACGGGGGGAGCCAGGGGGAUGGGGGCAGUGUGGAGGACGUUAACGCUGCCCAUAUGGCAGCGGGUGACGCCUCGGAGGAUGUGGAGGAUGAGGAGGAUGAGGAGGAUGAGGACGAGGCUGAGGAGCAGGAGGAGGAGGAGGAGGAGGAAAUGAGCGAGGAUGCGCUGCCAGAGGCGGACGGGAAAGAGGUUAGCACGGCAGCGGCUGCGGCGUCUGGUAAAUAUGUGCCGCCGGCGUUGAGGGCCAAGAUGGCGGCUGCCGCGGCGGCGGCGGCAGGCGGCGGUGGCGCAGUGGACACGGCCCGGGCUCAACUUGAGAGGCGCAUCACGGGUUUGGUCAACAGGCUGGCCGAGGCCAACCUGCAGCCCAUAUCGCGCGAGGUGGCGGAGUUGUACGGCAGCCAGGGCCGGCGGCUGGUGGCGGAGGCGGUGGCGGCGCAGAUACUGGGGGCGGCCGAGUCGGGGCCGCGCGCUUCGGAGCAGUUCGCGGCUGUUGCGGCGGCCUUUGUGGCUGCUGUGGCGGCGCAGGCGGGCGCUGAGGACCUGGCGGCGGGCUUCAUGGCGGCGUUGGCGGAGCGGCUGGAGGCGGCGAGGCAGGGCGGCGACAGCCUGGCCCAGGCCAACCUGGUGACGCUGCUGGCCUACUGCUACAGCGCCGGCCUGGUGGGCGCGGGGCUGUGCUACAGCCUGCUGGGGGCGCUGCGCGAGCGCUUCAACGAGGCGGACGUGUCGGCCAUGGUCACGCUGCUCAACGCGGUGGGGCUGCAACUGCGCAACGCCGACCCCGCGCUCAUGAAGGAGUUUGUGCUGGGUGUGCACGAGCGGGCGGCGGCGCUUGGCAAAGAUGGUCAGCUCAGCCGGCGCGCGCAGCUGAUGUUGGACCUCAUCAUCGACAUCAAGAACAACAAGACCUCGGCAGCGGGCGGCGCGGCGGCGGCCACCGUGUCCCUGGGCGGCACGGCGGUGAAGGGCGGCAAGGGCGCCGCCGGCUCGGCAUCCGGAGCAGCAGGCGGCGGGCGGCGUGGCGGUGCGCUGGCGGUGCUUCAGCCGUCUGUGGCCAAGUGGCUGGCUGGUCUGGGUGUGGAUGAGGUGUGCCUGCGCGGCCUCACCUGGACCAAGCUGCUGGGGCCCAACAAGAAGGGCAUGUGGUGGCAGCCCCAGGCUGGCGAGGCGCUGGACGACCCGCUGCUGCUCGCCGCACACGGCGGAGGGGGGGGCGCAGGCGGCGCCGCGGGGGCAGUGGGGGCCGCGGGGGCUGCGGUGGGCGCCGCCGCCGCCGCGGCCGCCGCCUCCAACGCGCGGCUGCUGGCACUGGCGGCAGAGCAGCGCAUGAACACGGACGCGCGGAGGGCCAUCUUCGUGGCGAUCAUGGGAUCAGAGGACUGCGCGGAGGCGCACGAGAAGCUGCUGCGGCUUCCGCUUAAGGGCGACCAGCGGCGCGAGGUGGUGCGGGUGCUGGUGGAGUGCUGCCUGGCGGAGAAGAGCUGGAACCCCUACUACCCACUACUGGCGCUGAGGCUGUGCGGGGGAGGCGGCGGAGGCGAGGGUGGUGGCGGUGGUGGCACGGACUCGCUGGCCCGCGCGCACCGCGUGACGACGCAGUACUGCCUGUGGGACCGGUUCAAGGAGACCGAGGCCAUGGACGUGCGGCGGCUGACGCACCUGGCGCGCAUGGCGGCGCUGCUGGUGGCGCGGUUCGCACUCAGCCUGUCGCUGCUCAAGGUGGUGGACUGGGGCCGCCUGAGCGCCAAGCAGACGCUGCUGUGGCGCGCCUUCCUGCAGCACCUGCUCACCAGCGCCAGGAGCGCGGGCGACGUGAAAGAGAUCUUUAAGCGCGUGGCCUCGCAGCCCAAGACCCUGUCUCCGCUCAUCAGCGGCCUGCUGCUGUUUCUGCGCUCCUCCUUUGCGCCCUGGGCCGCCACCCGCCUGCCGCCCGGCCCUGAGUCGGACGAGCUGCUGCGGCGCACGCGGCUGGCAGAGAGGGAGCUGGCGGCGGGCGAGACCGCGGCGGCGGCGGCGCUGGUGGGCGGCGGGUUGUAGCACCGGGCAGGAUGCAGGAGCGGGGUGGUGGUGGCAUGCACCGGGAGCAUUGUUGUGCUGGCUGUGGAUUGGACAAGGGCAGGGGUACGUCAUCCCCUCCAUCGACAAUACGGAUUUAUGUACAGUGGAGAGCCAGGGGAUAGGAGGGCAGGUAGCUGGAAAAGGGGCAGAUGCGGAAAAGAGUUGAAUGGAAGUAAUGCAGCUCGAUCAUGACACCAGGGAAGGGCCAAAUUUGGUUGGCUGCCGCCGACUUCCUCAAAUUCAUUUAACUUCCCCUGGGUCGUAUCUUGUUUUCGGGUCUAGCUCCAGAUAAAAACGGCCGGGUAGCCGCUGUCUUUUGUCUGGGCACAUGGCGGUUUGGGGGCUUCUCCGACGGAGUUCGG